GGCGCUGACGCGCGGGUCAGCUGACGGCCGAGCGGCCGUGGCGGCGCGGGGGGCGGGCGCCGGCACUCGGAGGUGUCCGCUGCCGCUGCCGCCGCGCACAGCCGCCGCCGGGCCCGGGCCGAGCCGCCGCCGCCGCCAUGCCCUCGGAGAAGAGCUUCAAGCAGCGCCGCACCUUCGAACAAAGAGUGGAAGAUGUACGACUGAUUCGGGAUCAGCAUCCCACUAAAAUACCUGUGAUCAUUGAAAGGUACAAGGGAGAGAAGCAGCUUCCAGUUUUGGAUAAGACCAAGUUCCUGGUGCCAGAUCACGUCAAUAUGAGCGAGCUAAUCAAAAUUAUCAGGCGACGCCUGCAGCUCAACUCCAACCAGGCCUUCUUCCUGCUGGUGAACGGGCACAGCAUGGUGAGCGUGUCCACGCCCAUCUCUGAGGUGUACGAGAGCGAGAAGGACGAGGACGGCUUCCUGUACAUGGUCUACGCCUCCCAGGAGACUUUCGGAGCGCCGGCUUCCGCCUAGGACACGCCAGCGGCCCUAGCCUAGGAUUUGGGUUGACCCUUGGCCAUCACCCCCACUGUUCCCCACACACCCCCCAGGGAAAGAACCGGAUGUCACCUACGCUCUCAGCCCUUAGCAUAGUCUUGCUUUAGCGGGUGUCUCAUCUCACCUUGCCUUGUUUGUGACUAUUAAACAGUACAGACGAGCACCUCCAGCUUUGAAACCUGCCCUAAUAAUACUCCACACAGGCACAUUUACAGGUCCGGACCUGACGAAAGGAGCCCGACUGUGCGUGUGACACUUGCAGAGAAAGGGACGCUCGAUUGACUUCCUAACGAGCCAACAGGCACCAGGGAGGAACUAAAGCGUUUCCUGGGAGUUUGCGGGAAAAUCUCCCUACGAUUCCUUAAAUUUUUUUUUCGGUUUUAAACGGGAAGGUUUCUCAUGAGAGCAAAUGCAUUUUAAUGUUCCAGAGGGGAGCUUUACCUUCUGCAGCUCCAGUCAGACUCGUGUCAGCGCUGCAGGGAGUUAAGGCAAGUGCUUGGGGUGAGCUGGGGAAGGACAACUCUCUGCGUCUCCGGUUUUUUUUGGGCACCGCACGCUCAGGGGCGGUGCCGGUUUCUGGAAUACUCAUACCAAACACCACAGCUUUAUCGUAGUUUUAGAAGUGUCUAACUGUAAAAUACACACCCGAAGAGGUAACACUGAAAUAAAACUCCAGUCUGUUACAAAUUCCCCAAUCCCUGUGUGUUCAUCUGAGCUGGCUUCCAGUGACCCAUAGGACCGUGCCCCCUAAGCCCCGGAGGCCGGCCGUUCCCGCGCCUGGGGAUCGGGAGAAGCAGCUCAGGGCCGGGAAGAGUUGACAAACAAACGAUGCGUGGCGCGGCCGGAGGCUCCUGUGUCCGUGCAGAGGGGAGCCGUCCCGUGGGAUAACCCUGCGUUCCUCCUGUCCAGCGAGGCGCGGCGGGAUCCCCGCGGUGUCCGCGUGUCGCCGGUGUCGCCGGCAGCUCGGCUCUGACGGGGACAGAAGCAAUAGCGCGGCGCCUGGCACCACGCGUUGCGCCUCCUCCUUCCACCUUGUACCUCCUCCACUCUCUGCAUGCAUCUCCUUCCCGGGGCUCCCACCCCCCUCCCCGGCCCCUUUUUUAUCGUCCUUUUGUGUUUUUACUCCGUGAACUUUUCGAUGCAGCUUGUUCUCUGUUUAGUUCCGUUCGUGUAAGAACUCGUUUAACUCGUAACUGACAAACCGUACUUGUAAUUACGACGUGAUCGACUGAUAUUCCUGUACAAAUGUUGCUUUUUUAAAAUUAAUACAGUGCUGAUAUGGAUGGAUUACAUCCCAACUUAA